GGGGGGACAUGCACCGAGGCGAACUCCUUGCUGCACCGCAGUCUGCCAGCCUGCAUGUCCCUUUCGAUGUGCGACGGCAACGACGGCCUCACCCUCGCCAGCUCGUCAACCCAAAACCCCCCAACCUAGGAGACAGCAGAAAUGCAAUGCAGAAGAGCCCAGGCGGCCCAUUGGCCUCUCUCUCCACCUUCCACAACGACCGCCCUCACCUAUCAACACCACCCACGCGUUCCGUGAUUCGUAACCCCGCGCACUAACUAGGUCUGCCGUGGGACCUUCUGUGUCAUGCGCGCCCGUUUGAGGCCCUCUCCCACUGUGCUGUGCGUGGGGGACACGCGCGGCCAUGCCUCCGGUCGCCAUGGCCUGGGCCCGGCUUGUUGCCGUUGAGCGCCCCUCGGCCUGCUGCCCGCUGCCCGCUGGCCCUCUCUGGGCUGUCGUCAUGGCUACCCCUCAUUCUCCACGCCGGGACAUCAGCCGGAGCUUUUGGCUUUGCCGUCAAGCCCUCUUGAGAGCCACAAAAACACGCUCCGAAAAAAAACCCCCACCCACACGCUUGUGGUGGCCUUGAACGAAAUUCCCCCCAAACCUUGGCUAGGAUAACCUCGACCUGGAGCCGAGCUCGAUGUACCUUGGCCCCUCCUCUCCAUGGUGGGGAAGCCUGGUCCAAUAUCCAUCUCGGUAUUCAUCAGCCGCGCGGACCCCUCGCUGGACCUCUUCCCGGGCUUGCCCUAUGAUAGAGAGCGUGUGAUAUAUUUUCGGGUCCUCGGAAGCCCACAUACUGCCUCCACUGGUCUUUCUGCCGCCAGCUCCACGCCGCAUCGUCGCUAUUAGCCUGCCCCACGGGGUAGUCGACCCAUCGUCUUCUUUGACCCCUCACGGCACGAGCUCCGACCCCGGGCCUCUUCGUCGAGCGUGAUCCGUCCUGGGCUUGGUGCACUGUUUCCUUACCCGGCUUAAGAGUCGUGUUUUCUCCCGAGUAAUCUACGCUGCUAGUCGACCCUGAAUCCGCGGUAAUCAUCGUGUCUAGCCGUCGUUGUCCCAUACUUGCUUGUAACACACACCGGGUAGCUCCAUCAUCAUCAUCAUCAGCAUCGAAGCCUUGGAGCCACGGCAUCGCUGACUAGUCCGCAAGACUAGUGUGUGGGAGAAAAUAAAGCACUUGCCUCUGGAUCUCACAGCACACGGCCACAAUGAGCGAGAAGCAAGAACACAGCCGCGAGACCAAGCCCGGGGACUACCUCGACUGGGAGCGCCUUCCCCCUGGCGGACCUCUCAACAGAUACUCGGCCAAGAUCACAAGGGGCCAUGACUUCCCUGGCGCCCAGGCGAUGCUUUACGCAUCCGGCGUGCCCAACAAGGAGAUGAUGAAGAAUGCCCCACAGGUCGGCAUCGCCACUGUAUGGUGGGAGGGCAACCCAUGCAACACCCACUUGCUCGACCUAGGAAAGAUUGUCAAGAAGGCGGUAUUGAAGCAGGAUAUGCUGGCAUGGCAGUACAACACCGUGGGAGUGUCUGACGCCAUCACCAUGGGAGGCGAAGGAAUGCGAUUUUCACUCCAGACGCGCGAGAUCAUUGCCGACAGCAUCGAAACGGUGACGUGCGCACAGCACCACGACGCCAACAUCUCCAUCCCCGGGUGCGACAAGAACAUGCCCGGCGUGGUCAUCGCGGCCGCGCGCCACAACCGGCCGUUCCUCAUGAUCUACGGCGGCACCAUCAACAAGGGCCACUCGGAGCUGCUCGGCCGACCCAUCAACAUCUCGACGUGCUACGAGGCGUCGGGCGCCUACAUCUACGGCAAGCUCAAGCCGUGCGCCAGCGCGCCCAAGGUCAACGGCGCCGACCCCACCCCGUCCGACGUCAUGGACGACAUUGAGCGCCACGCCUGCCCGGGCGCCGGCGCGUGCGGCGGCAUGUACACGGCCAACACCAUGUCGACAGCCAUCGAGGCCAUGGGCCUGUGCCUACCCGGCAGCUCGUCGUACCCGGCCACCUCGCCCGAGAAGGCGCGCGAGUGCGAGCGCGCGGCCGAGGCCAUCAAGGUCAUCAUGGAGAAGGAUAUCCGGCCGCGCGACCUGCUGACCCGCGCCGCCUUUGAGAACGCCCUCGUGCUCACAAUGGUGCUCGGCGGCUCCACCAACGGCGUGCUGCACUUCCUCGCCAUGGCCAACUCGGCCGACGUGCCCCUGACCAUCGACGACAUUGACCGCACCAGCAGCCGCGUCCCCUUCCUGGCCGACCUGGCCCCGUCGGGCGAGUUCUACAUGGAGGACCUCUACCACGUCGGCGGCACCCCGUCGGUGCUCAAGAUGCUCAUCGCCGCCGGCCUCAUCGACGGCACCAUCCCCACAGUGACGGGCAAGACGCUAGCCGAAAACUGCGCCGACUGGCCGUCCCUGGACCCGGGUCAGAAGAUCAUCCGGCCCCUGGACAACCCCAUCAAGAAGACGGGCCACCUGCGCGUGCUCCGCGGCAACCUCGCCCCGGGCGGCGCCGUCGCCAAGAUCACGGGCAAGGAGGGCCUGUCCUUCACGGGCCGCGCGCGCGUCUACGACAAGGAGCACGAGCUCGACACCGCCCUGGCCAACAGCGAGAUCAAGGCCACAGACGGCAACCUCGUCGUCAUCGUGCGCUACGAGGGGCCCAAGGGCGGCCCCGGCAUGCCCGAGCAGCUGCGCGCCUCGGCCGCCAUCAUGGGCGCGGGCCUGUCCAACGUGGCCCUCGUCACCGACGGCCGCUACAGCGGCGCCAGCCACGGCUUCAUCGUCGGCCACGUCGUGCCCGAGGCCGCCAGCGGCGGGCCCAUCGCGCUCGUGCGCGACGGCGACUUGGUCCGCAUCGACGCCGUCGGGAACAAGCUCGAGAUCAUCGCCAUCGACGGCGUCGCCGCCGAGGGCGACGAGCCCGCCAUCCUGGCCGAGCUAGCCCGCAGGCGCGAGGCCUGGACCCCGCCCAAAGUGAGGCCGCUCCGCGGCGUGCUGGCAAAGUACGCCCGCCUCGUCGGCGACGCCAGCCACGGCGCCGUGACGGACCAGGCCGAACCGAGCUGGUAGGAGGUGAGGCAUUUCGGUGGUUGGGGGUUUGAUUGCCUAGGUAGGCAGGCCCCUGGGUAGCUACUUUUAGUCAUGUCGAGCCGCAGUGAAAAAAAAAAAGUACUUGUAAUGAAUAAACAUAGCUUGGCCAUGUGGACGGGACUUUGCUAUGGACGGCAAACAGAGCAACGUGACGCACAACCACAGACGGAAGGCCUCGGCU